AUGGGCUUCGCGCUGAAGAAACCCGACGAUGCCGUGGGCUCGGCGGCCCCGGCCAUCAUUAUUGGUCUUUUUGUCGCUUUUGGUGGUGUGCUAUUUGGAUAUGAUACCGGCACCAUUAGCGGCAUCCUCGCCAUGAAAAAGUGGCGAGAGAUGUUCUCAACCGGUUAUAUCAACCCCAAGGACAACUUGCCCGAUGUAACUUCCUCCCAAUCGUCCAUGAUCGUCUCCCUCCUCUCCGCUGGUACCUUCUUCGGUGCCCUCGGCGCCGCUCCGGUUGCGGACUACUUCGGCCGCCGCAUCGCCAUGAUCCUGAAUAGCAUCGUUUUCUGUUUCGGUGUCAUCCUGCAGACUGCCGCUACUUCGAUCCCCUUAUUUGUAGCGGGGCGUUUCUUUGCCGGCCUGGGUGUCGGUCUUCUCUCGGCAACCAUUCCCCUGUACCAGUCCGAAACCGCCCCCAAGUGGAUUCGCGGUACCAUUGUGGGUACCUACCAGCUAGCCAUCACCGUCGGUCUGCUGCUGGCUGCCAUCGUCAACAAUGCCACCAAGGACCGCAUGGACACCGGCUGCUACCGCAUCCCCGUCGCCGUCCAGUUCGCCUGGGCCAUCAUCCUGGUAACCGGCAUGAUCAUCCUGCCCGAGACCCCGCGCUUCCUGAUCAAGAAGGAUCGCUACGAGGACGCGGCCAAGGCGCUCGCUCGUCUCCGCCGCGUCGACGUCAAUGACUCAAUUAUCGUGGAGGAGCUGGCUGAGAUCCAGGCGAACCAUGAGUUCGAGCUCCGCCUCGGCAAGGCGACCUACUUUGAGAUCCUGCGCGGCUCGAUUGGCAAGCGGCUCGCGACUGGCUGUGCGGUCCAGGCUCUGCAGCAGCUCGCUGGAGUGAACUUCAUCUUCUACUACGGCACGACAUUCUUCCAAAACUCCGGCAUCCAAAACUCCUUCGUGAUCACCCUGAUCACCAACAUCAUCAACGUCGUCUCCACCUUCCCCGGCCUCUACAUGGUCGAGAAAUGGGGCCGGCGGCCUCUCCUCAUGUUCGGUGCAGUCGGCAUGUGCGUCUCGCAACUAAUUGUCGCCAUCGUCGGCACAGCCACCAGCUCCGACGUCUCCAACAAAGUGCUCAUCGCCUUCGUCUGCGUCUACAUCUUCUUCUUCGCCAGCUCCUGGGGCCCCGUCGCCUGGGUCGUCACAGGCGAGCUGUUCCCGCUCAAGGCGCGCGCAAAGUGCCUCUCCAUCACGACAGCAACGAACUGGCUGCUCAACUGGGCGAUCGCCUAUGCGACUCCGUACAUGGUCAACAGCGGACCCGGUAACGCGAACCUCCAGUCCAAGGUGUUCUUCAUCUGGGGCGGGUUCUGCCUCAUCUGCGCUAUCUUCGUGUACACCUGCAUCUACGAGACGAAGGGGCUUAGCCUGGAGCAAGUGGACGAGCUCUAUGCUAAGGUGCCGCGGGCUUGGAAUUCGGUGGGCUUCGAGCCUUCUGUGCAUUAUACGGAUGUGCGGGAUGUGGCGGGCGCCAAAGCUGGGGGGAACCUGGCUCAGUUCGAGACUGAGGCGAAUGAGAAGCGCAGUGGGGAGCAUGCGACUCAUUUGGAGAGCAUUGCUGCCAAGGCGGAGGUUUAG